AGUCUGCUGGCAGGAGGUGUAGGGGAAAUCAGUGCUCUUCAUUCCUUCUUUUUCACCUAAAACAGAGCAGUUGUUUCAAAUUGGAAAGUAAGCCAGCUCUCCAUUAUUUCAUCUUUGCCAAAAACCUCCCUCAACAUAUAGCAAAGGCAAGCAAACACUCCAUGAGAGAAAAAUAAAACAAUGAGAGUCUAAUUUCCUGUAGUCAGAAGAAUGUUUGGCCCAUGGGCAUAAGGCAGAGGGUUUUCAAACCGUACCAAAAUGAAGGAAAAACAACUCUACUUGGACACAGAGCAGUCCAGAUGUCAUCCCAGGACCAGCCAGGAGUUCUUCAUAAAUUCAAGGGGAUCCUCUUUUCUACUUUGUCUUCAGAAGAACUUCUGAAUUCCCUGGAUUCUUUCCACGCAAGAGAAGAUGAUGUAUUUCUGGUGUCCUAUCCAAAAUCUGGCACUCACUGGAUUGCAAAAGUCAUUGAGAAUAUUCCCAAUGCUGAAAUUAGUCUAACAUCUCCAAUUGAAUUGGGAGUCGUUUCUAAAUUUGAAGAGCUAAAAAUGUGUUGUAAGCGAAGAGUCAUUCCAACACAUUUGAGCUAUAACAUGCUACCAGUGGAUAUUAAACAAAAGCAAUGCAAGAUUAUCUACAUCGUUAGGAAUCCAAAAGACACAGCUGUUUCUCUAUUCCAUUACUACAGAGAUAACCCUAAUCUCCCUGGCAUGGAAACCUGGGCUGCGUUUUUAGAGCUGUUCCUGAAAGGAAAUGUUGUGUAUGGAUCCUGGUUUGAUCACAUUUUAAGCUGGGAAGACCACAAAAAUGAUAAAAACAUUCUAUUUAUAUUCUAUGAAGAAAUGAAGAAAGAUCUUUCUAAAAGCAUAAAGAAAAUAACGACUUUCCUCGGUAUAAAUGUGAGUGAAAGCGACAUCAAUCACAUUGCUUGGAAAUCAUCGUUCAAGGAAAUGAAAAAUAAUGCAGCCAAAGAAAACUGUGAUCCAAACAAGACCAUCUGUGCCCUCACAUCGAAUAAGAACCUGGUAUUUAGGAAAGGAGCUGUGGGUGAUUGGAUAAACUACUUUACUUCAAAGCAGAAGAGAGUAUUUGAUGAACUAUUCACAGAGAAAAUGAAACACAGCGAACUAGCAAGACACUUUGAAGAUUACUCUUAAUAUAAAUGGAAAAUGAAACCAAUUUCCAUUUUAUGC